AUGGCCCACGUAAUCUCUACAUUUCAGCUGUCCCAACUCCCAAAGUGUCAGCUUCAUUGUGGAAUGCGAAUUAAAUUUUUAUGCUAUGGUUUGCAAGUUUGCAAAGCUGAGGAGAGCCUGAUCGCCCGUUCAGAUGCUGAUCCUGCAGUGCACCCUGUUCCUGAACCGCUUCUUCGGAGUUCCGACCCAGAGCGAGACUCCAUGGACCAUGACCCAUAUACCGCAUCACCUGCCGUCACACUCCGGCCCGCCCGCACCCCCGCGGCAGCCGCCGCUGUCCCCACCAACCCACCCCCUUUCCCGUCCCCGAUGUCCACCCUGUCGGCGCCCCCGCCCUGCCCGCACCUCGCCGCGCACCGCCUGUCCUCGCGCCCGCUGCGCUUCCUCCGCCGCUGCCUGCGCGUGCGCCCGCUCGGCCGCCCCGAGAUCCGGCGGGACCCGCGCGAGCUGCCGCGCUGCUCGCCCUGCGCCGCCGCGGCCCCGUCCCCCACCUCCCGCCUCUACGCCUGCCUCUCCUGCGCUGCCGUCUUCUGCCCCUCCCACGCCGCCUCGCACGCCUCCGCCUCCGCGGGGCCCGGCCACCAGAUCGCCGUCGACGUCGACCGCGCCGAGCUCUUCUGCGCCGCCUGCGGAGACCAGGUCUACGAUCCCGACUUCGACCACGCAGUCUUCCUCGCCCAGUCUUCCUCGCUCCUCCCCUCCACCUCCGCCUCCCCGUCCCCGUCCGCGGCGCUCCGCAAGCGCCGGCGCGUGGAUUACCGCGCGUGGGCGCCAGAUCCGGCCGAGUUCGCGCUCAUGAGCUCCGCGGACCCCACCACCUCCGCCUCCGCCGCCGCGCCGGCGGGGCUCCGGGGGCUCAACAACCUCGGCAACACCUGCUUCAUGAACUCCGUGCUCCAGGCGCUCCUCCACGCGCCCCCGCUCCGGAACUACUUCCUCGGUGAUCGCCACAACCGGUUCCUCUGCCCGCGCCGCACGCCCGUCAGGCACCGCGCCACGGACGCCGACGCCGCCAGGGUCUCCUGCCUCGCGUGUGACCUCGACGAGAUCUACUCCGUGGCCUUCUCCGGGGAGCGCAUGCCGUACAGCCCCGCCAAGUUUCUAUAUAGUUGGUGGCAGCAUGCAUCAAACCUCGCAAGCUACGAGCAACAGGAUGCUCAUGAAUUCUUUAUUUCCAUCCUUGACCACAUCCAUGAAAAUAUAAAGGAUGAUCAACAAAAGUCACAUGCCCAAGGCCAUGGGGACUGUUGCAUCGCCCACAGAGUGUUUUCUGGUAUCCUGAGGUCAGAUGUCACAUGCACAAGCUGUGGGUUCACAUCCACAACUUUUGAGCCCUGUAUGGACAUUUCCUUGGACAUGGAUGCUGGGGAUAACUGUUCUUUUGGUGUUGCAAACACAAAGCCGCAUGUGCGCAAUGGGGAACGGGGCUUGGCUGGCGUGAAUUCCAAGGUAUCAACACUAAUGAGGUGUUUGGAGCGGUUUACAAGGUCAGAGAGACUUGAUGCUGAGCAAAAGUUCUUCUGUGAACACUGCAACGAGAGGCAAGAGUCCCUGAAGCAAAUGUCCGUUCGCAGGCUUCCAUUAGUUUCCUGCUUUCACAUAAAGAGAUUUGAGCAUUCAUCAGUCAAAAAGGUGUCAAGGAAAGUUGAUCACUGUUUUCAGUUUCCCUUUUCCCUUGACAUGGCACCUUACUUGUCAUCAUCUAUUCUCAGAAGUAGAUAUGGUAACCGCAUAUUUCCUGCAGAAGCUAGUGAUGCAGAUGCAGUUUCAGAAUUGUCAUCAGAAUUUGAAAUAUUUGCAGUGAUCACACAUAGUGGUAAGCUAGAAGCUGGCCAUUAUGUGACAUAUCUGAGGUUAAACAAUCAUUGGUACAAAUGUGAUGAUGCCUGGGUAACCAGAGUUGAGGAGCAUACUGUCAGGACUUCUCAGGCAUACAUGCUCUUCUAUGUGCAGAAGACACUUUACUACAAAGCUUGUGAAAGAGCAGCCACAGUCUGA